CUUUAAUCCUAUUUACGCCUCCUUCUUGCCCUUCCUUCCGCCCCCAAUUUGUCCGCUGUUCACCGCUAUUUAAAUAUCUUCGAGGCAUUCCCACUUCGAGUUCAACCUCGUCGUGCGUCCUGCGUUCGUCCUUCAACUGGUGUGCCUGAAGCGUCCGCGCCCCGUCGGUCCGAGUUUUCUCGGCUUUAUUUAUUUCCAUUGUUGUGCGCCACGGACGUUCCUCAGGGGGCGGCAUCGGGAAAGGCAAAAAGAAAAAAAAAAACACUGACAGCUUGGAACUCCUUCCCCAGUCGGAGCUUGUUCUCCAUUAUCCGAGCUCCUGCCACCUUCAAGCUCGCCGUUCCAUCCAGGCUGUUGAUUUCCCGCUAUCGGCCCCUCUCCCUGACAACAUCUUCCCUCCCCACAUGCCGCUGCUCACCUAGACGGGCCAGAGUCGCAGAAUUGCAUCAAUUGUUUUGCGGUCAGUCCAGUAGGGCAUACAGAGGGUUUCUCCGUGGGCCGUCGGAACUAGUCAACGUGUCUCGCUGCAGCGUUAGACGUUGCAUUCCAUCAUGGUCUCCUCGGUGAUUGCGAGGAAGUUGCGCCUCGCAGACGAGGAUGGGGACAAUGAACCGGGAUGGUUGAAGCGACAGGUUACUACUGGCUUGCAAUUCAUAUCUCGCCGUGCCUGUCUUCACCCCAUUCACACUAUCGUCGUGAUUGCGCUGCUUGCCAGCACAACUUACGUCGGCCUCCUGGAAGGGAGUCUCUUCGACGCUGUCCGGGCACCCAGAAAUGCUACUGGUCAAGUGGACGUGGAUUCACUUCUCCAGGGAAGCAGAAACCUUCGAUUGGGCGCGCACACGUCCUGGAAGUGGCAGGUUGUCGACAGUGCUCCCAGAGUGGAGGAUAAGGAGGUCGCUCAGCACCUCGCUCUAGCUACCUUGAUUUUCCCAAACUCUGCAUCGAAAUCAGCUUCCACUGCUCCUCUUCCAGAUGAGAUACCCAUUCCCGCAAAUGUCUCGGCUCGAUCUGUUCCUCAUACUCCGAACUUCUUUGCUCCUUUCUCUCGUGACACGUCUUUGGCAUUCACAUUACCCCUCGAUCAGGUGCCAGAGUUCCUUAAGGCUGCACAGGAAAUCCCUGAUGCCUCAGCUGACGAGGAUGAGGUGGAGCAGAAGAGAUGGAUCAUGAGGGCUGCACGUGGUCCGGCAUAUGGGUCCCGCAGGGCACUGAAGCUCUGGUUUACAGAUGCGUGGAGCUCGUUCGUAGAUCUGAUCAAGCAUGCGGAAACCAUUGACAUUGUCAUCAUGGCCCUUGGAUAUCUUUCGAUGCACCUGAGUUUCGUCUCCCUAUUUGUCUCCAUGAGACGCCUCGGCUCCAAAUUCUGGCUUGCGGCAACCGUCCUUUUCUCGGGAGCCUUUGCCUUCCUCUUCGGGCUUCUGGUGACUACGAAAUUAGGCGUUGCAAUCAACAUGCUUUUGCUGUCCGAAGGCCUUCCAUUCCUCGUGGUGACCAUCGGAUUCGAAAAACCAAUCCUUUUGACCAGGGCAGUUCUCAAUGCUUCAGCGGACAAAGACUCUCGAAAUGCCCGCAAGUCGGGCCAACCUAGUGGCCUUCAAGCUCCCGCUGCUGUCCCACGUUCCAUUCAAGAAUCGAUCGAACACGCAAUCAAAGAAAAGGGUUUCGAAAUCGUCCGAGACUAUUGUAUCGAAAUUGCCAUCCUCGUGGCCGGAGCUGCCUCGGGAGUGCAGGGAGGCCUGCGACAAUUUUGCUUUCUUGCAGCCUGGAUUCUGUUUUUCGACUGUCUCUUGCUCUUCACAUUCUACACCACCAUUCUAUGUAUCAAACUGGAAAUCACACGGAUCCGGCGCCAUGUCGCGCUUCGCAAGGCCUUGGAAGAGGAGGGAAUUACCCACCGUGUGGCGGAAAAUGUGGCCGCUAACAACGACUGGCCUGGAGCAGGCUCGGAUCGUAGUGACGCUACCGAUGCCAGUAUCUUUGGGAAAAGAAUAAAAUCCAGCAGUGUGCGAAGAUUUAAGAUCCUGAUGGUCGGCGGGUUCAUCCUGGUCAAUAUCGUGAACCUGUCGGCUAUUCCUUUCCGGAACUCCAGUGCCCCUAUCGUCUCGCGAAUCUCCAAUAUUCUUGCACCGACUCCCAUCGAUCCGUACAAGGUUGCCGAGAACGGCCUAGAUUCCAUCUAUGUCUCCGCCAAAAGCCAGAUGCAGGAGACCAUGGUCACCGUUAUCCCUCCAAUCAAGUACAAAUUGGAAUAUCCUUCCGUCCAUUACGCUACGCUCGAAGAAGGCACAUCCUUUAACAUUGAGUAUACAGACCAGGUUCUAGAAGCCGUAGGGGGCAAGGUGCUUGAAAGCUUGCUGAAAAGCGUUGAGGACCCUAUUAUAAGCAAGUGGAUUAUUGCUGCUCUAACCCUGAGCGUCGUUUUAAAUGGCUACCUUUUUAAUGCGGCGCGUUGGAGUUUAAAGGAACCGGCAGCUCCUGUUGUCGAAAAGCAAGUUGUCAGCGAGCCCCCCAAGGCUCCCCGGAGGGUUGAGCUGACUCAGGGGGAGUCCGGCAGAACCUGCGAAGAAUGUGAUGCCAUACUGAAAGAGAAACGCGCUGCCAUACUGACUGACGAAGAAUUGAUCGACUGUUCGCUACGUGGUAAAAUCCCUGGAUAUGCUCUCGAGAAGUCUUUGGAAGAUGAGGAGGUCAUGAGCCGCGUGGAGGCCUUUACCAGGGCGGUCAAGGUUCGUAGGGCUGUUGUGUCGAGAACACCUUCCACUGCGGCGACUACGAGUUCUUUGGAAACAUCAAAACUUCCCUACAAGGACUAUAACUAUACCCUUGUUCACGGUGCCUGUUGUGAAAAUGUUAUCGGAUACUUGCCGUUGCCCUUGGGGGUUGCAGGGCCUUUGAAUAUCGACGGCCAGAGCUACUUCAUCCCUAUGGCAACCACGGAGGGUGUUCUGGUCGCUAGUACAAGCCGAGGCGCCAAAGCUAUCAAUGCAGGUGGAGGAGCUGUUACAGUUCUUACCGGCGAUGGCAUGACUCGCGGGCCUUGCGUUGGUUUCCCUACGCUCGCGCGAGCUGCGGCCGCAAAGGUCUGGCUCGACUCUGAAGAAGGCCGGAGCAUUAUGACGGCAGCUUUCAACUCUACCAGCCGCUUUGCCCGUCUGCAGUCAAUGAAGACAGCCCUUGCUGGCACAUAUCUCUAUAUUCGUUUCAAGACUACUACCGGAGACGCCAUGGGUAUGAAUAUGAUCUCGAAGGGCGUUGAAAAGGCACUGCACGUCAUGGCCACGGAGUGUGGAUUUGAUGAUAUGGCGACGAUUUCCGUAUCUGGGAACUUCUGCAUCGACAAGAAGCCUGCUGCCAUCAACUGGAUUGACGGACGAGGUAAAUCCGUCGUGGCCGAGGCCAUAAUUCCCGGUGAUGUCGUGAAGAGUGUACUGAAGAGCGAUGUGAACGCGCUUGUCGAGCUUAACACCAGCAAGAAUUUGAUUGGUAGCGCCAUGGCGGGCAGUCUUGGUGGCUUCAAUGCGCAUGCAUCGAAUAUUGUCACCGCCAUUUUCCUGGCAACGGGACAAGAUCCAGCGCAGAAUGUUGAAAGCAGCAACUGCAUUACUACAAUGCGGAACAUCAAUGGUAACCUGCAGAUCGCCGUCUCGAUGCCGUCCAUUGAGGUGGGAACCAUUGGUGGUGGCACCAUUCUGGAGGGACAGUCGGCAAUGCUUGAUCUGCUUGGGGUACGGGGCUCCCACCCUACAGACCCCGGUGAAAACGCGCGACGGCUCGCCCGUAUCGUGGCUGCUGCUGUUCUCGCUGGAGAACUCAGCCUGUGUUCCGCACUUGCUGCUGGACAUCUAGUCCGAGCACAUAUGGCCCACAACCGCGGCCCUGCUGCACCCACACGAUCAGCGACGCCGGUAUCAGCCGCUGUCGGAGCAGCCAAGAAUCUGACGACCAAAUGAGCAAGGAUUGAGCAGCACCAGCAUUGGGCCCUGUAUAUACGCCUUCUCUGCCCAUGGUACAUAGACAUGCAGAUGGUGAUUCGCUUUCUUCCCAUGUCUUCACCGGCCUUUUCAAAACGAACUACUGCCGCCGUCCUGAUGGCAUGCUCUUUCUGCAUAGUGGUCUACGAUAUUCAUUAUUAUUGCAUACGUAUGUGUGAGACUUGCUGGGGUUUGUUAGUACUUUUUGUAUAGUGUUUUAUUCUCUUAUUUACUCUUCCUAAUAACACAUAAGGGGUGAAGUGGCUACAUUUUACUGGAAACAGGCAAAAAAGACCAAAGACUUGGGAGGGAUAUGGAGAGGAUAAAAUAUCUAUCUUGUUUACGUUCAUACAUUGAAAGGACAUUAUUAUUAUGGACAGGGGGGAGUAGAAAGAAUGGUUGGAAAAAUAGAAAUAAAAUAAAAAAUAAACAGUAUAUGCAAGCAGAUCUAAUGUGUCUCUGUACUAGGUGAGAGCCGCUACAACAGGUAGUAGGGCGUGAGAUGUAUCAUACCCACUGAAAAUCAUCUACACCGACG